CCUUGCUCAGCUUCAAAUGUGUUCCGGAGUGGGGACCGGGUGGCUGAACCUCGCUGGUGGCAGAGAGGCUCCCCUGCAGCUUCGGGGCUCCACGUGGAUCCGAUGUGGCCGCUGGUGACCUGGAGGGUCCCCCUCCUCCCCCUCCUCCUCCUGCUGUUCAGGCAGGGCGCUGCCUGCAGAACCAGCGAGUGCUGUUUUCAAGACCCGCCAUAUCCGGACGGAGACUCAGGCUCAGCCUCCGGCCCCAAGGACCUGAGCUGCUAUCGGAUACCCAGCGCUGGUUAUGAGUGCUCCUGGCAGUAUGAGGGUCCCACGGCUGGGGUCAGCCACUUCUUGAGGUGCUGCCUUAGCUCCGGGCGCUGUUGCUACUUUGCGGCAGGCUCAGCCACCCGGCUACGUUUCUCCGACCAGGCCAGGGUGCCUGUGCUCUGCACUGUUACACUCUGGGUGGAAUCCCGGGCCAGGAACCAGACAGAGAAGUCUACUAGUGUGACCCUGCAGCUCUAUAACUCAGUUAGAUACGAGCCUCCUCUGGGAGACAUCAAGGUGUCCAAGUCGGCCGGGCAGCUGCGUCUGGAGUGGGAGACCCCAGACAGACAGGUUGGUGCUGAGGUGCAGUUCCGGCACCGGACACACAGCGGCCCGUGGACGUUGGGUGACUGCGGACCUCAGGAUGGUGAUACUGAGUCCUGUCUCUGCCCCCUGGAGAUGAAUGUGGCCCAGGAAUUCCAGCUCCGAAGACGGUACCGGGAGAACCAGGGAAGUCUCUGGAGCAAGUGGAGCAGCCCUGUGUGCAUUCCCCCCGAAAACCCCCCACCACCUCAGGUGAGGUUCUCGGUGGAGCAGCUCGGCCGGGAUGGCAGGAGGCGGCUGACUCUCAAAGAGCAGCCAACCCAGCUGGAGCUUCCAGAAGGCUGUCGAGGGCUGGCGUCUGGCGCCGAGGUCACCUACCGAGUGCGUCUCCACAUGCUGUCCUGCCCCUGUAAGGCCAAGGCCACCAGGACCGUGCAUCUGGGGAAAACGCUCAAUCUCUCGGGUGCUGCCUACAACGUGACUGUCAUCUCCUGGAACCGAUUUGGUCCUGGCCCGAACCAGACGUGGCACAUUCCUGCUGACACCCACACAGAACCAGGGGCUCUGAACAUCAGCGUCGGAACCAACGGGACUGCCAUGUACUGGCCCGCCCGGGCUCGCAGCACGACCUACUGCAUUGAGUGGCAGCCUGUGGGCCAGGAUGGGAGCCUUGCCACCUGCCACCUGACUGCACCGCAGGACCCGGAUCCGGCUGGAAUGGCAACCUACAGCUGGAGUCGAGAGUUUGGGGCGAUGAAGCAGGAAAAGUGUUACUACAUUACCAUCUUGGCCUCUGCGCGCCCGGAGAAGCUCACCUUGUGGGCUACGGUUCUGUCUGCCUACCACUUUGGAGGCAAUGCCUCAGCGGCUGGGACGCCGCCGCACGUCUCGGUGAAGAAUCACAGCUCCGACUCGGUGUCUGUGGACUGGGCGCCGUCCCUGCUGAGCACCUGUCCCGGCGUCCUGAAGGAGUAUGUCGUCCGCUGCCGAGACGAAGACAGCAACCAGGUGUCCGAGCAGCGCGUGCCGCCCACGGAGACCCAGGUGACCCUCGGCGGCCUGCGGGCUGGCGUGGCUUACACAGCGCAGGUGCGCGCGGACACCGCGUGGCGGAGGGGGGCCUGGAGCCAGCCCCAGCGCUUCAGCAUCGAAGCGCAGGGUUCUGAUUGGUUCAUCUUCGUCGCCUCCCUGGGGAGCUUCCUGAGCAUCCUUCUCGUGGGCAUCCUCGGUUACCUCAGCCUGAACAGAGCCGCACGGCACCUGUGCCCACCCUUGCCCACACCCUGUGCCAGCUCUGCCAUUGAGUUUCCCGGAGGGAAGGAGACUUGGCAGUGGAUCCACCCGGCGGACUUGCAGGAAGAGGCAUCCUUGCAGGAAGCCCUGGUGGUGGAGCUGUCCUGGGACAAAGGCGGGGGCACUGAAGCUCUCGAGAAGACAGAGCAACCUGAGGGUGCCCCUGAGCUGGCCCUGGAUACAGAGCUGUCCUUGGAGGAUGGCGACAGGUGUAAGGCCAAGGUCCUGGGGCUCAGUGAGCCGGAUGGUCAGAGGUGCUAGACACCCAUCGCUCCUGGGAGAUCCGGGCCUGGAGGCCUGCGGGAGAAACGGGAAC